ACUCGACCUCUUGUCACUAUUCAGAUGAUAUUAGGCGCUUGGAAUACAGCAUGAAACUUCCAAGAAAGAAGGGUAACCUCUAUUUCUCCAUAUUUGCUGCGAACUUGGCAACAAUCUCCGUAGCCACACACUACAGUUGGACUUCACCAACUCUGCCGAAGUUGGAAGCUCCCGGCUCGUUUCUUCACAUAAACAGUAAUGAGGCAUCAUGGAUCGGCUCACUCAAUUCUCUUGGCAACAUUUUCGGCCCAUUCCUCGGCGGCUGGCUGAUCGACAGGGUGGGGCGGCGGUGGACCAUAUUGAUAUCCAAUCUGAUGAACCUUCUCUCCUGGGCCGUGCUACUCGUCGCCACGUCUGUCUGGCACAUUUACUUGGGCCGCUUCAUGGGAGGCUUCGCGGGAGGUAUCUUGUUCGUGGCGAUUCCUGUCUAUGUGGCCGAGAUAGCUGAGCCGAAAAUAAGAGGAGCUGUGGGCACCAUAUUCGGUCUCGCACUAACAGGCGGAGGUUUCAUCGAUUACUGCUUUGGUCCUUACGUCUCCUACUCAACCCUCAUCUAUGUGAACAUUGUUCCAGCGUGUUUAUUCCUUAUAUUGUUCAGAUUAUAUCCAGAAUCUCCAUAUUAUCUUGUACGUAAAAGCGAUGACGCAAGCGCUACACAAAGUCUCACAUGGCUCAGAAACAGCCGGUCACCUGAAGUGGUACAGAAAGAGUUGGAACAAAUGCAGGAAGAAGUCAACAAAUCCAUGGCUGAAAAACCGAGGUUCUCAGACCUCGUCAAAAUCCGAGGAAACCGCAAAGGUCUGAUGAUCUCUUGUGUGCUCGCCGCGAGUCAACAACUCAGUGGUAUCAACGUGAUCCUCGUCUACACCCAGAGUAUCUUCACCAUGGCCGGCACUUCCUUCUCUCCAAGUGUAUCAUCGAUGAUCGUAGGUGGAUGCAUGUUCUCAGGCCCAGCACUAUCAUUCCCGCUCACCAGGGCGUUUGGAAUAAAGAACAUGCUGAUUUUUUCAGGGACUGGGAUGACCAUUUUUCAGAUAUCCUUUGGGGCUUUCUUCUACUGUGAUUAUCACGGAUACGACACGUCUGCCUAUUGGUGGUGGCCGCUUUUUAGUCUUGUGGGGUACAUAAUCACCUAUAGUGUGGGAUUUGGUCCUCUUCCAUUCACGGUGAUGGGCGAAAUGUUCCCGUCCAACAUCAAAGGCCUCGCUUCCGCCAUUACUGCUGGACUCGCUUGUUGGUUUAUGAGUUUUUUGCUAACGCUCUACUUCAACGAUGUAUCCCAGGCUCUCGGCGUUCACACGGCCAUCUUCAUCUUUGCCAUGUUCUGCUUCCUAGCACUUCUCUUUGCAAUUUUUAUCCUCCCUGAUACAAGAGGUCUGACCCUUGAGGAAAUCUUGGAGAUGCUCAAUAGACCACCUGGUGCUAGGGCCUACAAUGCCAAAUCUGAUCCGUAUAGUGUGACGGAAUAAAUUAUAAACAUUGGCAACUCAAACUUAUUGUAAACAUAUGGAAAUAUAGUAUGGUUAAUUUUUUAUUAUAA